AUGAGUAGUGAACCGUUUGACUAUUUUGAGGAAGCCCGGAAGCUGAUAGCUUUUGCAAACAGGGUGUGUAUGGGGGAGAGAGUAACACAAGAAGAUAAGAUAACAGACCCACACGGAAAGCAUACAAAUGUUGAAGACGAGGCUUUUAAAUCUGAGUAUUUGAAAAAUGCAGAUAGCUUACAACAAAUAACUACGAUAAAAAAGUCAAAGUCACCCUGGCCUUAUCAGGAACGCACCGGAAUGAAUCUCUUGUCGCCACAGCAGAAAGUAGAGGUACCACAGCAACCCACUACAGAGAAACAGGCAGGCAAUGGAUUUCUUCAGAAUUCAGACUUCGUUAAAUUUUCCGAUUCUGAUGAGGAGUCUGAAGAAAUUGAUAUCCAGUCCACAGUGGUCAACAAUGGAAAUACAGGAAAUUCCAAAACAGAACCAGUGUCCGAAAGCUACCGACAUAUGCAAGACGUAAGAAAGACCAAAAAUCCAGCACAGAAGCCAAGCGCGACAUCUCAUAAAAUGACAGAAAGCGAUAGUGCGAUGAGAAGUGAACUGCAGCAAGAAAAUAGACAGGGCGACUCUCUGCUCGUCCAAAAUAAGAAGAAUGAUGACUAUUUAUCACAGGAACAAGGUAAAAAGUGUGAGAAUCUAGUGACAGAAAACUUUAGAAAACUGGAUACUCACUUGGCACAAGAUGACAGAAUAAGAAGGGAUUUUGGCCAAAAAGUCAGCAUUGAUAAAUCUUUCAUAUCUAGCUCACAGAGUAAAAAUCUCCGUACGCAGCAGGAAAAGGAAAAAAGGCUUUUAGAAAGUGCCAAAAACAGCUCUAACAUAGUUUUUACGUUGUUAGGCGAGCCGUCGGUAAAUGAAGGUCAACGUAAAAGAUCAAAAGCUGCCAGCUGGUCAUCACUUCCUCCUCCUGCAUCACCGCCACUACCACCGCCACCGCCUCCAUAUCCGGUACCAUUCGUCGACUUGACUGAUAGUCAGUACCAAAACCAGAAUGCAGAGCAAAACAUUGUAGUGCCUGUACAAAGUGCACAAACGAUGGGUAAUUCACCACCAAACAAUAUCGACGACGCACUAUCAACAAAUCGUUCAAAAAGUUGGAGCAUCAACUCUAAUCAAAAAAUUGCAUUUCCCGCAAACAAUAAUAUAUUUGCUCUUGCUCCUAAUCAGUGCCACAAUAACUUGAGGUCUGAACAACAAGUAAUACGUGGUCAGUGGUGUCAUCAAACGGGAAGCGUACCAUCCCAAUCUUCUUCCUUCGGAUAUCAGCAGAUUAGUCCCCAAAACAUAUCCAUAAGGCCAACUAGCACCAAUAAUCGCAUGGAGAGUUUGCCAAAUAAGCGAAAGCAGUCCAAUAACAUACCGAAGAAUAAAAUAGCCAACUUACAUUCUAAUCACGUCACGAGAAACAAUCAACGCUCAACCGCAACCGGAAGUUUUAAGAAUGAUAGUAGAAAUGUGUCCAAGAACAUUAGAAAAAAAAAGACUCCAAAAUCUCUCAAGCGUAUUAAUGGAAUGGUAAAAAAGCAUGAUUUGGAAGAUCACUACUGA